GAAGACUUCAUCCUAUUCACUUAAACAUCUCGGACUCUUGCAAUCUAUUGCUUGCGACGAUUGUGGCGCCGACUCAUAUUAUGAACGCCUCCCCUCCGCGACUCCCAAUUCAACUCUCUCGCAGUUCUUCGUGCUGAACGUGAGCGCGGGAGUUGAAGAUUUAGAUGUUGAAUGCUAAUUUUCCCUGCUGAAUUCCGGAGAGUAGAGUGAGGCCAAUCGAUUUCUUCGUUAAAGAUCCGAUUUUUGAUGGAUUUAGGGUUCCUUUUCCUGGAUCAGUCAUGGUCUCUGAUGCAGCUCCGUUCCUUUCUCUGUGCCUCCUUCGCCUUCUUGCUACUGGCGACUACUUUGGUCGUCGUUGCUGUAGACAACUCCACCUAUUACGUGCCAAGAGACGACAUCCUCCUCAACUGCGGCGCCUCCGGCCAGGCAUCUAGCUUCGACGGACGAUCCUGGACCGGCGACACCGGAACCAGGUACGCCCCCUCCUUGAACGGCGACGGCUUCGAUGCUCUACGGAAAGAUCCAUCGGUCUCCACUGUCCCGUACUCCACCGCUCGGGUCUUCACUUCUCCCUUCACCUACCGCUUCCCUCUCAGCGCCGGCCGGAUAUUUAUCCGCCUCCAUUUCUACCCUUCCGAUUACUCCAACCAUGCCGCUUCCGAUGCCUUCUUCUCCAUCACAACUGGCCCUUACACCCUUCUUCACAACUUCAGCGCCUUCCUAACUGCCGAUGCCCUAAAUUCUGCCUAUCUAAUCCGUGAGUACUCCGUAAACGUCUCCACCGGCGGCCUGAACCUCACUUUCACCCCAUCGACCACCCAUCCCAACUCCUAUGCUUUCAUUAACGGUAUCGAGAUUCUAUCAAUCCCUGACUUGUUUAGCUCAGCAACACCUUUGCUUGUCGAUGGAGAUGAUGAUCAUAAUGUUUACACUAUCGAUCCCGACCAAGCUCUGGAGACAGUUUACCGGCUCAAUGUGGGUGGGCAAGCAAUUUCCCCCAUCGAAGACUCCGGUUUGUUCCGCUCUUGGGACGACGACUCGCCUUACAUUUAUGGGGCUGCAUUUGGUGUGUCCUACUCCAAUGAUCCGAAUGUUACCAUCACAUACCCGACCAGUGUUCCAAAUUACAUUGCACCACCGGAUGUCUACUCCACAGCAAGAUCAAUGGGUCCAAAUGCACAGGUGAACUUGAACUACAAUUUAACCUGGAUUCUCCCUGUGGAUGCUGGCUUCUAUUACCUUGUCCGGCUACAUUUCUGUGAAAUCCAGUAUCCGAUAGUGAAGAAAAACCAGAGAGUCUUUGACAUCUACCUUAAUAACCAGACUGCAACAGAAGAAGCUGAUGUCAUUGGUUGGAGUGGCGGGAUCGGUAUCCCUGUGUACAAGGACUAUGUGGUGAGGACAAUGGGAAGAGGGCAGAUGGAUCUGUGGGUUGCGCUUCAUCCAGAUACACUCUCCAAACCAGAGUAUUAUGAUGCCAUCUUGAAUGGGCUUGAGGUGUUCAAGCUGCAGAACAGUAAUAACAGCCUGGCUGGUCUUAAUCCAGGAGCAUGCUCGCAGCUCUACGAUGAUCCUAGAGAUCUCAGGAAGGGGAGUGCGAAACAUAAGAGUGACGUUCCUGUUAUUGUUGGUGGCGUGGUCGGAGGUUUUGCUGUUUUGCUGUUUUGCUCGCUGGUUUUUGCCUGAUUGGAAUGUGCAAAUGCCAGAACGAAGGAAGGUGUUGGGAAAAAACGGAAUAAUUUUUUUCUAUCAAAAUAUCAAUAUGUUAUCAAAAACAAAUAUGAACGCAGACCAAAUUUUUAAUAUAUAAAACCCAAAAAAACUACGGGACUAUCUCAA